AUGGCUCACACGACGAUUUGCGGCAGGCAGUCGCUUGCGGAGGCGAUGGACUGGCGGGGUAUUUUGCCGGGAUGUGCCUGGGUGCACCGCGCAUCACGGGGGGUUUCGCGACUCCAUAACAAGAUCCUGGGUGUAACGGUCCCGUCUGCUCACCGCCUCACCGCAGGUUACAGCUUACCGCAGGUUCCGCGGGUUCCGCAGGUGUCUCCGCAGCAGUUACCGCCCAUGAGCAAUGCACUUCCCUUCCGCUACCGCUUCCGCCAAUUCUCAACUUCCGCCGUCAACAGCGCCCCCGGAACCCUUCCGCCCCCCGCUUCCCCCACUGCGCCCCCGUCCCCGUCCCUCUCCGCCUCCCCCUCGCCGUUGCCCACUCACGGGGAAGGGAUGAUUCUUGAAAGGGCGGCGGUUUCCACGGCGGAAUUCACGGCGCAUUUUAUGGACGGGGGGGUGGAGGAGGUGUUGGAGUCGCGUUACAUCCACGUGGCUGCUACUGCCACGCCAGCCGCAUCCGCGUCGUUCUGGCUGGGAACGGGCCAGCAAAUCAGCGCGCGCCACGUUGCAGGGCUGCGCGAAGGACAGCCCUCUGCUUCGUUUAGCGCCGGCGGGCGCGGCGAGUUAAGGGGCACUGAUGUGAAAGACGACGGGAGCACGGGGGGAGGGGAGGGGCGCGCGGAGGUGCGCGAAGGCGGAGGGGAACCGGGAGAACGGGGGGAGGCGUUGGGGGAAAAAAGCCGCGCGCCAGUGGUGGAAACCGCGCCCAGCCUCCAAUCAGAGCGCAGCAUGGCGGAACAUAUCGGGGCAAUUGGAAGCACAGAAGGAUUGCUGGGGGACCUUGCACACGUGGCACCUAUGGAUAGGCUGGACUCUGCCAGGCUGGCAGAACCCGAACCUGAACUCGAACCUGCUGCAGAUACUGACAAAUCUGUCACUGCUUCAGAUACCGACAAAACAGCCAGCUGCCCGCAUGCUGCGACGGGAUUGGUUGACGCAGGCGGCGGUAAGGUGGUGAAGGCGAUGGGGAUGAGAGUGAGAAUUAAAGCCGAAGCAGAGCAGACCGGAGGGUCGUAUAGUGUGAUUGAGUAUGAGGUUCCAGCAGGGGAGGGAUCCGAGGAGCACAUUCACACGCGGGAGCACGAGGCGUGGUUUUUGCUGGACGGGCAAAUGACGUGGACCAUUGAGAAAGAGACCUAUCAAGCCAGUCAGGGCAGCUUCAUGCAUAUGCCUCUUGGCCGGGCGCAUUCUUUUCGCAACAAUUCCGACCGACCUGCCCGAAUGCUGGUGGUCUGUAUGCCGGGCGGGCUGGAGAAAUACUUCCUGGAAAUUGGAGAUCCCGAGGAGGCGGCUGGAAAGGCACCUGAGCAGUCUCCUGGCGGUGCAGUGGUGCAUAAGCCUGUGGUGGAUCAGGCUAAGCUUCAGAAUGCAAUGAAGAAGGCGAUGCUAUACGGUCUAGUUUACCCGAAAGAUUCAACGACUGGGAAGGCACCGGAGCAGUCACCUGGCGGUGCAGUGGUGCAUAGGCCUGUGGUGGAGCAGGCAAAGGUGCAGGAUGCCAUACAGAAGGCCAUAUGGCCUAGAGCACCCUAA